AUGUAUGAAUACAACGACAUGUAUGAAUACAACGACGAAGAUGGAGGGAUUCAGUUUCAACCCUACGACGACGAACUCAUCGACGAAUACUUAAUCCCCAAACUGGAAGGUAAACCACGUAGAGAAAUCACUACGAAAGAUGUUUACUCGAAGGAGCCAUGGUUGCUGGACCAUCCCAUGGGCUCGUUUUUCAAGAAGAACGAGUGGUACUACUUUGUGACAAGGACUCAACUCUCCAAGAAAAGCAUUGGCUGUGGUAAGAAAGCGAAACGAAAGAUUACCCGAGACGACGAAAGUGGGUUUUGGAGAGCUAAUGCGAAAAAAGAUAUCCCGGACAAGGAUAAAAAGAUGGUCGUUGGUAAAAAGCAAACCUUAGCUUUUGUUAAAAAUAACAAGAAGAAGCAGAAGAGUGGAGACGGUACUUCUUGUGAUGUUGUUGAGCCAGGUAGCGAGAGUAGCUGGAUUAUGACAGAGUAUAUGGUUUCGGAAAUAGAAGGUAAGUUUCGUGAAUUGGUCAUAUGCAAGAUUCAUGUGAUCGAGAAUUCCAAUAAGAAGAAGGGUCAAGAUGAUCGUCAUGAAGCUUCUACUUCUAGUUAUCAUCAUCAUCACCAUAUUGACCCUUCUACCUCGGAACAGCAGCCGAUGGGUUUCUAUGAUCACCAUAUUGACCCUUCUACCACCCAGCAGCAGCCGAUCAAUAGCGUUGAUCAUGGAACUUCUGUAGCUCCUUACUUGGAGCAGCAGCCGAUGGGUUUGUAUCCUCAACAUAUUGUCCCUUCUACCACGGUGCAGCAGCCAAACAAUAUUGUUGAUCAUGGAACUUCUGUAGCUCCUUACUUGGAGCAGCAGCCUGUGGGUUUGUAUCCUCACCAUAUUGUCCCUUCUACCACGGCACAGCAGCCAAACAAUAUUGUUGAUCAUGGAACUUUUCUAGCUCCUUACUUGGAGCAGCAGCCGAUGGGUUUUUAUCAUCACCAUAUUGACUAUUCUACUUUGGAGCAGCAGUCAAACAAUAUUGUUGAUCCUGGAACUUUUGUUGCUCCUUACUUGGACCAGCAACUGAUGGGUUUUUAUCAUCCCCAUAUUGACUAUUCUACCUUGGAGCAGCAGCCAAACAAUAUUGUUAAUCAUGGAACUUUUGUUGCUCCUUACUUGGACCAGCAGCUGAUGGGGUUUUAUCAUCACCAUAUUGACUAUUCUACCUUGGAGCAGCAGCCAAACAAUAUUGUUGAUCAUGGAACUUUUCUAGCUCCUUACUUGGAGCAGCAGCCGAUGAAUUUGUAUCAUGAGUCUUUUCUAGAUUUAUAUUCCUUGGAGCAGCAGCCUACUAAUAUUAUUCAAUUGAAUAAAAAGGACGAUCAUGAAGCUUAUAUUCCUCAUCAUGAUCAUGAGUCUCUUGCCGAUUCCUUCACAAAGCAACAGCCGGUUAAUGAAGACCAUGGCCAUGUUCCAGAGAUUCCACUCAUAGGAUCAGAAAAGAAUGAUCAAGUGUUUGAAGCUUCACGUCAAGUAUCGGAAAAAGAUGAACAGAUUUACAUUGAUGCUCCUCUUGAAGGAGGAGGAGAAUAG